AUGUUGAUUUUAGAUGCUAACGAUAAGUCGGAUCCAGUCUCCACACCACUUGCAUCCUUGGAAAAUCACAAUUUUGGCCCUCCUUCAGUUUCGGCUGCAAAUGCCCCGACCUCUGCCACUUUACCUAACCCCCCAAGUUCUGUUACCAACGCUUCAUCAAGUCUCAUGAAUGAGCUGGUCCAUAUGCUCCACGAAGCUAUCACGCAGAAGCAGCGCUUUACGACCCCUUGUUCUACAAACUCUACGUCUACGCCCUCAGAAAGACAGAUAACUGAACCAGUAACGGUUACAGCAAAUUCCAAUUCCUUGCCAGGUCCCAAGGUUAUGUCUUCUGCUGAUUCAUCCGACCUUGCUAAAUCCUCGUCCGCAGCCCCGCAGCUAUGCAGGUAUAUAAUUUCUUUAAAAGCUACUCGCCUUCACUUUAAUACUUUGAACAUUAGCAUGAACCUACCCUCGGCAUUAUAA